AUGGACACGAAGGCGGAGAGGGCUUUGGCGUGGAAGAAGAGGAUGGCUUUGAUGAUGGAGAGGGAGAAGGCGCUGGGUGCGCUGCAGAACAUCUACGUAUGCGAUCGCCUGGCCCAAGAUCUCAUCAAUCAUCCGCAGACGCAGGAAUUGGGCGCCUGGGCGGACAAGAAGAAAUCAUCGACCGCCCUCUACUGCCUCGGCAAUCACAAACUGGGCAGGCAGGAGGAGAUGCUGGGAUGGGGGAUCUGGGAAGCAAUGUGUGGGUCCAAUGCCAUAACCCGCAAGGCUCCAUACUUUCUUCGCGCUCUUGGAUUUGGGGAAGAGGAGCUGGGCGACGAGGAGCUGCUGGAUGCGAUGGAAGUGUUCAUGCACGCGUCUUGCCUCACCACUCUUCCCGAAGGGCCGUGCUUUAGCACCAGCGUUGUGUUUGUGACGGGGAGCCAGCGUUUCUACCAAGCUCUGGCGCGGGACGAAAACUCUUGGAGGAAGAUGAGCCUGCUCAUCACUUACGAGCUCCACGUCUGUGCUUCGCCUUACAGUGCAAACGAUCGGGUCUGGCCCAUUCUUCCCGACCACACCGAGCCCGUGGAGCAGUGUAUCAUACCCGGUGCCAAACGAAGCAAGAAGAUCCCGGAGUUUGGAACUCCCUUUCGUGUUCCCUGUCCAACCAUCAGCCAACUCUACAGUGGCGAAUACAGUCGAUUUCCAUGGCUUCAUGAGCUGCUGGAUGUUUACGACCAGGCCAAGCUUGAUCUUCCUGCAGAAGCUGCUUCUCAUAGAGUAAGAGUUUCUGGCUUUGCUACACUUUCUAGAGCCCUGGAAACUCAAAGCUCUGUGUGUUUUUGUAGGAAUACCCUGCAUACGUCGCCAAGCUCGAGCAAAGUUCUUCUUCCUGUGAUCAGCGACUUUUGA